UCUGCCUGGUAACAGCUGAUGGCAGGUCAUGUGAUCUGGUCUCUGGUUUUUAGAGCCGCUCUCAGUCAGACUGGUUCAGUGUUUGUGAAGUGAACAGACGAACAUGGCUUCAUCCUUCAUCAGCUUCUCCCUGCUCUUCAUCAGCCUCUGCACAGCAGAUGGAUUCAUGGAGUUUGCUUUGACCCGUUGUGUUUUUAACUCGACUGAUCUGAACGACAUCGAGUACAUCAGGUCGUACUAUUACAACAAGAUGGAGUACAGCAGGUUCAGCAGCAGUGUGGGGAAGUAUGUUGGAUUCACAGAGCGUGGUGUGAAGAACGCAGAGUACUGGAACAAUAAUCCUUCACUUCUGGCUCGGGAGAGAGGCGAGAAGGAGAGAUACUGUCUGAACAACAUUCAGGUUGACUACCAGAGUGCUCUGGAUAAGUCA